AUGUGGAGACCUGCGUUCUCGACUCUGAAAUGUGAAAAAGCUCUCGAGUGUUCACGUCGACUACUGAACAACAACACGCUACUAUUUAAGCUGGUGCGGUGGUUCAAUUUCCGCGUCGAACACGACCGAGUUCAGCUUAAUUGUGUCGACAUUCGAGACACUGAGGCUUCACUUGACAGCAAGAGCACAAGUGCAAAGUGGCAGAGCCAAUUCCAUACUGUACAGACUGCCUUCCGCUUGGCAGACAAGGACUGUAGCGGCGAGAUCGACGCGGACGAAGCGAGAUCCACAAAUACGUCGAGGAAUUCAUGCGUGUGGUGGACAAGGAUAACAGCGACUUGGUGUCGUUCGAAGAGUUCGUCGAGGCGCUGGAGAACGGCCUAA